AUGGUCGGAGCCUCCCACCGCGCCGGCGGUAUUGCCGCCAGAUCUGACAGAACUGCUACCAUCAAGUUUCUCUGCAGUUAUGGAGGCAAGAUCCUUCCUCGUUAUCCUGAUGGCAAACUCCGUUAUUUUGGUGGCGAAACUCGUGUGCUCGCCGUCGAUCGUUCCAUACCUUUCUCUGAGCUGUUGUUGAAGCUGGGACAGUUGUGUGGCACAUGUGUGAGUCUUCGUUGUCAAUUGCCUUCAGAGGAUAUGGAUGCUCUUGUAUCGAUAACCUCCGAUGAGGAUCUAGCGAAUCUCAUCGAGGAAUACGAUCGAGCAGCAUCGCCGCCAUCUUCUUUGAAGAUCAGAGCCUUCCUUUCACCGCCUAAAUCCAUGAAAAAAUUUCCUCUCCCUAGUUCGUCGGCCUCUUCAUCAUCGUCGUCCUCAAAAUCUUCAUCUCCGACGACUGCUGUAUCCUCUCCAAGGAUCCCGACGCAGGUUCCUAACCAUUGCGUCCAUCAGAUCCCCUCGUCAGUGAGGUUUCCCUACCGCCUGAAGAAGUCUCCGUCGAAGGUUCUUCACUGCUCAUACCAUCCUCAAGGGAACCCUAGCCACACCUACCUCAUCCACAGUGGAAAUCACUGGCAAUAA